AUUGGAAUCUGGACGACGCCAUCAGCCUCUACUUGAGCAACGCCGGUGGCAGCACCAAGCCGCCGUCAGAUUCUCCCGCCGAUCCGAUCUUUGCUGAGGAGGACAUGUCGACGGAAGAGGACAAGAACAAAGACCACGGCGAUGCAAUCCACGGCGACCGUGAAGGCGACGCGGGCGCUCCUCGGUACUAUGGCAGUCGCAGUACCGCCGUCGAGAACCCCUGCGUCGUGGGGGCGCCGCCAUCUGCAGUAGCCACCGGGUGGGGAGGAGCAGAUCCCGAUGGUGUAAGAGAAGGCGAAACAGAAGCCACCGGGUGGGGAGCAGAGCCAGGCGACAUAGUAGCCACCGGAUGGGGAGAAGCAGAGUCUGCCAGAGAAGGCGAAAUAGGAGCCACCGGGUGGGGAACAGAGCCCGACGGUGCCAGAGACGACGGCAGCACCGCCGACUGGCAGUGGCAGGAAGAUGGUGAAUACAAUGGCGAAUACUACGACAACAAUACGGGCUACGGCGACGGCAGCAGCAACUGGCAGGAACACGAACAUGGUGAAUACAACGACGACGAACAUUACGACAAUACGGGGUACGGCGACGGAAGCACCACCGACUGGGAGGAACAUGGUGCAUACAAUGACGAAGACUACGACAACACGGGCUACGGCGAGGACGAAGAAGUUGAAGCCUACUACCCGCCUCCGUACGAGCUGAGGUACGUUGGGUACUUCCACGGCGCCAAGGUGCACGCGGCGAGGGAGGACCGGUUCCUGCUGGUCAACUUGCAGACAUGCAGCGGCGCCGGUGAACUCCCGUCGCAGAUGCAGAACCGGGACCUUUGGGCGGACGAGACGGUCAGGGGGGUGAUCCAGGACAGCUUUGUGUUCUCCCUUGAAAAGGGGGGCAUGAGCAGGGGCAGCUACUCGCUCCCGGACGAGUGCGAGAAAGUGGCUGCGUUCUACAGGCUCGAGGAGGAUCAGCUGCCGGCCCUGCUCGUCAUUGACCCCAUCACGGGGCAGUUGCUAGCGAAGUGGAGCGGCGCCAUGAUGCCUGACGAGUUCAUGCUGUUCGUUGACGAAUACAUAAGAUCCAAACCGAGCACGCUGUCCAAGCCCAAAAUCGUCAGGGAAACGGCCGUGCUCCCCGCAUCCGUGGGCGCAGGCGGCGAGCAAGAGCCGGCACGUGCACCUUCCGCUGCGGCCGUCGAACAAGAGCCAGCACCGCCCGAGAGUCCUGCGCCUGCUGCUGAUGGAGCUGGCGAGCAAGAGCAGGAGAUUUCUAAGAACGACUCGGCAGCUGCCGGCGGUGCCUGCAGCGAACAAGAACAUGCACCGGUGCCUAAUGCUACUGAGUUGCCCGCCGAGCUGGUCGACGACGACGACGACGAGCCCAUGGAAGGCGAGGAGAUGUACAAGCUGAGGAUUCGGUUCCCCAGCGGCACCGUGGUCGCCAAGGAGUUCGGCUGCAAGAGGAGGAUCGCGUCGCUCUUCGCGUUCUGCAGAUCGGCCCUUCGUGGUGGAGGGCAGCACGUGGAGGAGAAGGCGAUCCGGAUCAUGAGAUUCGCUGGCCCUGGCUACUCGUGGGAGGCGAUACAGGACAAGGAUGAUGGUGCCACAUUUGAGGAUCUGGGCCUCAACUUCACAACCGUGUCAGUUGUUUUCGAUGUCUAGGUAGUGAUUAGUGAAGGAUUCUAAUACUUAGUGGGAUGUUAUUUUUUUUGGUUUUUUUGUCUUCUUUCUUUAAUUAAGAAUAAAUAGUGUAUUGAUUUUAGCAUUGAGCUAGAUAAGAUUUAUAUAAACAAAUUUGUCUUAUAUCUUAUCAAGAUAGAUAUACGAAUUUAGAUUUGAAUAAUUGUUUGCCUUUUUUGUAGUAGGAGCAAAUAAUACAUAAAAAUAUAUA